AUGUCAGGCGCGUCAUCAGUAGGCGUGGCUGUUCCUCCUCCGUCGAGUUCGGCGGGCGGCGGCGCGGGCGUUAUGGGAUCCCUCCGCGUAAUCGAGCUCCAGCUGGUGGCUUUCAUCAUGGUUCUGUGUAUUAGCGGACUUAUCCCCCUCCUCGACAUGGUUUUCCCCGCAGCCGCCUCCCUCUAUUUCCUGGCCCUGUCCAGAUUCGCCUUUCCCGGGCUUAACAAUAACAAUAACAAUAGUAAUAAUAAUAAUCGAAUCGACAAGAGGAGCGAGAGUAUGGGCAGAUUUUUCAGAUUUUAUGUGAUUUUGGGGAUGAGUGUGGGGCUUUUCCUGCCGCUAGCGUACGUCCUGGGCGGUUUUGCAAGAGGGGACGAGCACGCGGUCAGAUCGGCCGCCCCGCACCUCUUUUUGCUCUCCUUCCAAAUACUCACCGAGAAUCUCGUCACGGCUCUCUCCCUCUUCUCGCCUCCGCUGAGGGCCUUAGUCCCCGUGCUCUACACGGUUCGCAGGAUCUUUGUCCUCCUCGAUUGGACUAAAGACGUUUGGAUCAACAAAGCCCUCCCUGCUAAUGCCCCCUUGGACGUGCUUGUGUGGUAUUGGUUUGGAAGGGGACUCUCGAUAGCGAAUCUGGUGUAUUUUUCGGUCAACUUGUUCUGUUUUCUGAUUCCGCACUUCCUUCCGACGGCAUUCGAGAGGUAUUUCAAAGAGAGGGAUGAAAUGCACAUGAAGAUGGCCGAGGAUAAGCCUGCACCUGCACCUGCACCUGCAGUCUCAAACGCAUCUCUGGACUCGAAUAAAAAGGCGAAUUGA